UCAUUUUCGCUCUUUCAUUCCCUUUUAAGGGAUUAUUUAGUUUUACAGUUCAAGCCCAUUCCAUCUUCUUCACAUAAAUAUUGUGCCAUAUCCCUCCCUAUUCAACCAAAUCGUCAUUCACUCCCUACCCCUUUCUGUUAAAGUCUCACGUUCACUCUACAGUAAAGGGAAUAUCUCGUUUCCUUGCAAAAAAAAUGCCGCUUCAUUCGGCCGUGGCAUUGAUUUGUGCCACUGUUUCUCUUUUUGUCAUUGCCGGAGCUGAAGAUCCCUACAGAUUCUUCAACUGGAAUGUCACUUAUGGUGACAUUUUCCCUCUCGGCGUUCGUCAAACGGGUAUUCUCAUCAAUGGGCAAUUCCCAGGCCCUGAUAUCCACUCUGUUACCAAUGACAACCUCAUUAUCAACGUCUUUAACAGCUUAAACGAGCCUUUCCUCCUUUCCUGGAAUGGAGUCCAAAACAGGAGGAAUUCAUAUGAAGAUGGUGUAUACGGAACAACAUGCCCUAUCCCUCCAGGAAAGAACUUCACAUACAUUCUGCAGGUGAAGGAUCAAAUAGGAAGCUUCUAUUACUUCCCUUCUCUUGGGUUCCACAAGGCUGCUGGUGGUUUUGGAGGGAUUAGGAUCCUUAGCCGACCACGCAUCCCGGUUCCCUUCCCAGAUCCUGCUGGAGAUUACACUGUCCUUAUUGGAGAUUGGUACAAGGCCAAUCACACGGAUUUGAGAGCUCAACUGGAUAGUGGUAGGAAGCUACCUUUCCCUGAUGGAAUCCUUAUCAACGGCCGUGGACCUGGCGGUGCUUCCUUCAACGUCGAACAAGGGAAAACCUACAGGCUUAGGAUAUCAAAUGUUGGAUUGCAAAAUUCUCUCAAUUUCCGCAUCCAAAACCACAAGUUGAAGUUGGUUGAAGUGGAGGGAACCCACACUCUCCAAACUACCUACUCCUCAAUAGACCUUCACCUUGGCCAAUCAAUGUCCGUUUUAUUUACAGCCGAUCAGCCUGCUCAAGACUAUUACAUUGUGGUCUCCUCUCGCUUUACCAACCCGGUUCUCACCUCAACAGCAACUCUACGCUAUAGCAACUCAGCCGGUCCCGUCUCCGGCCCUCCUCCUGGUGGUCCCACCAUCCAAGUUGACUGGUCUUUGAACCAAGCCCGCUCUAUCAGGACUAACCUUACAGCAAGUGGACCAAGGCCUAACCCACAGGGGUCGUAUCACUAUGGUCUCAUUAAUACGACCAGAACCAUCAGGCUUGCCAAUUCUGCCGGCCAAGUCAAUGGCAAGCAAAGAUAUGCAGUUAACAGUGUUUCCUUUGUUCCAGCAGACACUCCUUUGAAACUUGCAGACUUUUUCAAAAUCGAUGGAGUUUAUCGUAUUGGAAGCAUAUCAGAUAACCCUACUGGUGGAGGGAUAUACCUUGACACUUCGGUUAUGAAUUCGGACUAUAGGUCUUUCAUUGAGAUUGUGUUUCAGAAUGAUGAGGAUAUUGUCCAGAGCUGGCAUCUCGACGGCUACUCUUUCUUCGUUGUUGGUAUGGACGGAGGGCAAUGGACGGCUGCUAGUCGGAACGGAUACAACCUCCGUGAUGCCGUUUCACGGUGUACCACUCAGGUGUACCCCAAGUCAUGGACUGCCAUUUAUGUGGCGCUUGACAAUGUAGGAAUGUGGAACUUAAGGUCCGAGUAUUGGGCGAGACAGUACCUGGGACAACAGUUUUAUUUGCGUGUCUUCACAACGUCAACUUCACUAAGGGAUGAAUACCCGAUCCCCAAGAACGCACUACUCUGCGGCAGAGCAAGCGGCAGAAGAACCCGUCCCCUUUAAAGCCACCCAUACAAUAAAUGAUCCGUAGUUGGAUAGUCAAAGCUGGUUUACAAGGAUGAAUGAUUGGACAGCAGAGUUUUAGUUAUAAACCUAUGAACAGUGAAACAACACGAUUGUUGGUUACGAGUUUAAAAUUACUAGACCUCAACUCGAGGUCGCAUUCUUUCUUACUAUACAUUUGUAUUCCCAAUGCAUUGUUGGAGGUCAUAGAUAUCUAUUUCUUGUUAUUUGUGUGAAUCGAUAUAAGGUGAUGGUUGCAAUUGCAAGCUUAGUACA